GACUGACUCUCGCCUCCCCCCGUCUGAAGCCACACUGAAGGACUGGAAGUGAAAAGUCGAAAUUGAAAUUAAGCAGCUCUCCACACAAAUCACGUAGUCAAGAACGGGCCAGUGCGCACAUCCAUCCCAUCCACCAUCAACCAGCCCAGCCCAGCCAUCGAGGGAGAAGCAGCUGGCAGGACAUCCAUCCCCUUGGAGGAGCAGCAGCCAACGAAGCUUGCUGCAUGCUGGCCAAGCACCAGAUAGCACCACACAUCCAAUAGCUGUAGAGCUCUCCUCCCCAAUCUCCCUCGCAGCCAAAUGUAUGCCGGGCGAGCGACACAAUUUGCCAAAACCAUCAGCAGCAUGGCAUGCAGCAUACAGAAGCAGCCACAAGCCGCAGCACAGCCCGCAGCCACAGGCACAGGCACAGACACAGCCAUGACGACGACGACGACAGAAACCUUAUCCUCAUCCGCAUCCACACCGAAUGGUGCAGCAGCAGCAGCAGUGGCUGUGGCAGCGGCAGCAACAGCAGUGGUUCCUGGUGUCCGACGUGCAGGCGGCGGCUCCAGUGGAGCGGGCACUGUGCCCUCCACGCCGAAAUCAAUCAAGACAUCGGCCCAGCCGAGGGGUUCGCUGCCAACGGAUGUAAAUCAGCCCCCGUUGGAAUUUCAAUGGCCACCGCCGGUGCCUGUUUCGACACACACCAGCAAUUUGCGCCUGAACAUGAUGAACCAGGAUCCCAAGGACCUGCACACAGCACGGGCCAUGAUCGAGGAGCUGCGCUCCAAGGUGCGAUUUCAAACGGAGCACAUUAUGAAGUGGCGCAAGGCGUAUGCCAUGCAGGUGCAGCAGCAUUAUCGCUAUCAAAAGGAGAAAUCCGAUCAGAUGAACUCGCUGACCUCCCAGCUGUUGCUGUUGGAGUCACGUCUGAAGCGAAAGCAGAAGCAGAUUUCCAGCCUGCUCAACCAUCGGGAGCUGACAAUUGCGCGACAGCAGAAGGUCAUCGAUACGCUGUCCUCGCGACUGGUGGACCACGGCCUGGAGACGAUCGAUGCCAGCUAUGCCAACGAAUUGGACUCGCUGAACGACUCGGAUUCGGCGGUGGUACUGGAGGACAUUGAUUCGGACAGCACCAUGACAUUGGGCACGCGACGGAGGAGCAGUGGCGGCGGUGGAGUGCUGGGCAGCGAUGGCAUCACCAUUGUCCGUUCGAUAUCCGAUGCAAUUGAAACGAAUCUGAAUAAGUACGGAGCUGCACGGCGGAACAAUUGCUUCCUGCGACGUCCCGACAUCCUGGAAACGGUUUAUUCGGUGGAAGAGGACCCCGAACCCACGCCCGAUGUGGCAGAAAAGCGUGAUAAAUUCAAGAAUCGUUCGGAUAAGGCCUUGAGCUCCAGCUCCACCGAGGGACAAAUCGAUGGCGUCAGCCCCACGGCGGCUGGCAGCGCGGAUAAAGCCAAAGAGUCGUCGUCGUCGAUGUGUGUGGAUGGCAUAGGCACUGCGAUUCCGCGGCGACAGUUGGGUGCCCUGAAGCGAUCCCCCAGCCAUGAUGCACCGUGCACCACGGUGAGUGUCAAAGUGCCGCAGUUGCAGCCAAUGCCACAGCCGCCACAGCAGCAGGAGCCGCUCAAUGGAAAGAAUCAGGUGCUCUGCUACAAUCGUGUGAUGUUGAACCAUCGAUCGGUGACCAAGCCCAAGGACGUCAAGUACAAACGCAUCAACAAGGCGAAGUCCAAGAGUCUCGAAGAGCUGCGUGGGCGUCUCAAGAAUCUGGUGGAGCGACCGCCCGGUCUGGAGGGUGGCUACCCCGCCGCGGGCAUGAUGCCACAGACGGCACAGUCGUAUGCGUGACAUUUGCCACAGCAGCCAGAAGAUGGCCCCAAGAAGCCCAGGCAGGAGCAGAUGGAAACCGCAGAAGAAUGUACUGGUUCCUCCUCCACUCAACUGGCGUCAGAGCCUGAGGCAGAUGGUGGCAGGCAUAGCUGUCCGAAGCGUUCAAUGACCCUGCCACGGAUACUAGUGCCACAGGCAGCCAGCAGCAGUAGCGGCAGCGGGGGCAGCUCCAAUGGUGGGCGUGGCAGUGGUGGGCGUGGCAGUGGUGGGCGUGGCAGUUUCUAGCAAU